AUCAGCAAAAAACCACGGUGAUCGAAAACGGUGAAAUCAGAUUCAAUGGCAAAGGGAAAAAGAUUCGGAAGCCUCGAACCAUUUACUCUAGUCUACAACUCCAGGCUUUAAACCACCGCUUCCAGCAGACUCAGUACCUGGCGCUUCCCGAGCGAGCUGAACUGGCAGCUUCAUUAGGACUUACCCAGACACAGGUGAAGAUCUGGUUUCAGAACAAGCGCUCCAAAUUCAAGAAGCUGCUGAAGCAGGGCAGCAACCCCCACGAGAGCGACCCUCUGCCCGGUUCCGCCACCCUCUCCCCUCGCUCGCCGGCUCUGCCUCCGGUCUGGGACGUUUCAGCUUCUGCCAAGGGAGUCAAUAUGCCUCCCAACAGCUACAUGCCUGGCUAUUCUCACUGGUAUUCUUCUCCACAUCAAGACACAAUGCAGAGACCACAAAUGAUGUGAAUUGUCCAAGA